AAUUUCAUUUGGCAACAUUGUACCACAGUAGGAUGUACGGUGUACGAUUUCUACUUUUCUAUAUUGGUUAUUGUUAUUUAGUGGUCCAAAAGUAGCAGACGUUUCUGUACACACCGAUACAGCUAUUUAUUUUCGCCGAUUAUCUUUGUUUUACCAAAUAUUCUAAAGAAAUGGCUCCAAAAUUGUAUUGGUUCUUAGACAGCCCCCCUGCAAGAGCGGUGGUUCUUGUUGCGAAGCAACUGGAAGUUGAAUUGGAGUUGAUAGAAGUGAAUUUAUCGAAAAGGGAGCAAUACAAACCGGAAUUUCUGAAGAUGAAUCCACUACAUACAAUUCCAGUUUUGGACGACGAUGGGUUCAUUGUUACUGACAGUCAUGCGAUUAUGUCGUAUCUGGUUUCAAAAUACGGCAAUGGAAGUUCUUUGUAUCCAGAAGACGUGAAGAAGCGUUGUUUGGUGGACCAAAGGUUAUAUUUCGAAAGUGGAACGUUCUUCGCAAAUCAUCUCAAAGUUUGUAUACCUGUUCUUUACAAAGGAGAAACAAUCAUACCCUCAGAAGGAUUGACAUCUAUGAUAGAAGCUUAUGAUGUCUUGGAAGAGUAUCUUAGAGGCAGCAACCACGUUGCUGGUGAUGAUCUGACUAUCGCAGACUUCAGCAUCUGGACAACUAUCACGAAUUCCUCUGUUUAUUUGCCAGUUGAUGAAAAUAAGUAUACAAACAUCUCCGCUUGGCUGAAACGAAUGGAGGCUACUCCAAAUAGUGAUUUGAAUAAAGCUGGUGGGGAUAAUAUAGAGAAAAGAUUUGUAAAUGCUCUUAACUUUUUAGUGGUCCAAAGGUUGUUGACGAGUGUGUAUCAUCAUUUAGAAGAAAUGGCUCCAAAAUUGUAUUGGAUCCUUGCUAGCCCCCCCGCAAGAGCAGUAGUUCUUUGUGCGAAACAACUGGGAAUUGAAUUGGAUUUGAUUGAAGUGGAUUUACUCAACAAGGAGCAAUUCAAACCUGAAUUUCUAAAGAUGAAUCCGUUGCAUACCGUUCCAGUAUUAGACGACGAUGGAUUUAUUGUAAGUGACAGUCAUGCCAUUAUGACAUAUCUGGUGUCAAACUACCGCAAGGGAAGUUCUUUGUAUCCAGAAGAUGUCAAGCAGCGGUCUUUGGUGGACCAAAGAUUAUAUUUCGAUAGUGGAACUUUGUUUGCAAACCAUAUUAGAGUUUGUAUUCCUAUACUUUACAAAGGAGCCAAGACCAUAUCUCCAGAUUUACUGACAGCUUUGACAGAGGCUUAUGGUGUCUUGGAAGAGUAUCUUCAAAACAGCAACUACGUUGCUGGUGAUGAUCUGACUAUCGCAGACUUCAGCAUCUGGACAACAAUCACGAAUUCCUCUGCUUAUUUGCCAGCCGAAGAAGACAAGUACCCACACAUCGCAUCUUGGUUGAAACGAAUGGAAGAAACGCCAAAUAAUGAUCUGAAUAAAUCUGGCGGAGAUUUUAUUAGAAAUGUAUUCAAAUCUAUUCUGUCUUAGAGAGUAUAUUGGAAAA